AUGGACAGUGAAUAUCAUGAGCCCACUAAUAAAGAAUGCGAAACAAUAAUAUCAAAUAAUUCAAAUUAUACUAAACCGUGUGACAAUAAAAUAACAAAAAUUAAAAAUUUGAGAAAUGAUGAAAACCAAAGUUCCCAAAACAUAAAAGAAGGUGAAUGGAAAAAAGACAAAGGUGAUGUAGAAAACAAAUGGAAUCGUAAAAUGGACGAUAUGGGCAAAAGACAGGAAUUCGAAACAAAUGGAACUACAUUGAAAAAUGGAGGUGUAAAUUUUUACAGUAGCAUAACUGAUAGGAUAUCAAAAUUGAAAACGAUCAUAAAGCAUAAAAAAAAAAGUAAUAACACAGAUAAACAGGAAACAAAAAAACAAAAUGAAGAAGCACAAAAAGAUAAUUCUAAAAAUGUUCAAAAUAAAUCAAUAUUAUAUAGCAACGAAACAGAAUGCGAUAAUAAUAUGAAAAAUAAUAGUAAUAGCGAAAAUAAAAAAAAAUAUAAAAACAAAAAAGAAAUUGAAUUAUUAAAAAAUAUUGCGAAACGAAAUUCUUUGAAAAAAAUUGAAAAAAAUAUAAAUCUUUUAUUGAUGUCCGAAGAUGAAGAUGAUGAUAGCAUUAAUGAUAAUUCCGUUAGUGGAAAUCUCAAAAAAAAUAAUGAUACUAAAAAUAUUAACAAUAUGCAAAAUGAAAAUUAUACUAUGAACAGUUCAUAUCAUACAAAUAUAAAAAAGGAUGAAGAAAGAAAGCGUUUUUUAAAAAAAAAUAUUGAAAAUUCGGAUGCCCCUUAUAAUAGUGGAAAUUAUAAUGAAACUGCAAUUCACACUAAACUGGGGAAUAGCAAUAAUGUACUUACUGCUAUUAGCCAAAGUAGUAAUAAAAAUGUAAAUAUAAAUAAUAGUAAUAAUAAUGAAAUAUAUGAGCACGAAACAAAUAGAGGGGAAAAUAGUAAUUUGAUACACAAUGAUGAUUUUGAUAUAUCAUUAGUGUCUAGUGAUAGUUUAAAACAGGAUUUUAGUAUUUAUUCAUUUAACGGAACAAAUAAUUCUAAUAAUAAAUAUUUCCCCAAUAGUAUUGAUAAUAUGAAUAUUAGUAAAAUUUCUGGAUUUUCAAAAUUCAAGGAUUUAGAAACACAAGGACAUAAUACAUUUACAGAUUCUUUUAAUUGUAAUAGCAGCAAUAAUAUCAAUAAUUCUUUUAGUAAAUAUAUUCAAGCAAAUAAUAAAAAUGAAAAAGGAAAAAUAUAUACCAAUGUAGAUAACAUUCCAGAAUCCCAUUAUAUAAAGACUAUUAAUAAUGUAGGAGAUAGUUCAUUAAAUCAAAGAGAAAAAAGAAAGUUUAUUGAUAAUUCAAACUCUAAUGAUUGUAAUAAUUCUUUUCAGAUUUAUAUGAAUGAUAGUGGAAUUACUAAUAAAAAUAAAAACAGUAUAAUAAAUAAUACUGUAGAGAGAAAUUAUAAUCUUAGUAGUAUGAAUAUUGAGCAUUUAGAAAAUUCUGCUAAUAACCAAUUAGAUAAUAAGUAUAUGGAUUAUCCAAAUUAUAAAAGUUAUAUUGAUUCCAUGAGUGAAGAGUAUGAAAAAGGAAGUUUAAAAAGUUACAUAUCUUCUGAAAAUAAACAUAGUAAUAAUAAUAAUAAUAUAAAUCCAAUGUCUACUUUUAAUAACAGUAGAUUGGAUAUUGCUUCUUUUUCGAGUAGCUUGGAUGCUAGAAUUAACAAAUUUCCUAAUGACAUCGAAAAUGGAAAAUCAAUUAGUAAAUUUCACAAUAAUGUGGGUGAUAAUAUAAAAGGGAAUCGACUUCUAGGGGCCGAAUCACACUUAAACAUGUCCCCUUUUCUUUAUACCAAUCCCGAAAGUAUCGAAAAUGUCGAAAAUGACGAUCGAUCAAACAAAAAAAGACAAAAUAAAAUAGAAACAAUAAUGAAAAACAAAGCUUCAAAUGAUAUUCUAAAUUCUAUAAAUCGUGAAAAUAACAGAACUUUGAGUAAUAGCAAAGGUAUACUUUUGAAAAGUUUCGGGCGCAGAGAAGAAUUAGAUGAAAAACAAAGUUUGCUAAAAGGCGAAGAUAGAGAAAUUAGUUUGCAAGAUAACGAAAAAAAAAUAGUAUCAAAUUUGGAAAACAAUGAAAAUUUUGAUAGUCGUUAUAAUGAGUAUGAAAUUGAUCAGGCAAAUAUCAAUGAAAUAUGUAAAAAAAUUAAUUCUAUAUCAAUGUUAAAUGAUCUUAGUUUAACCAAACUAGAAAGUUUAAACAGCAGUAUAUUAGAGGCGCAUACAAAAUAUAAUGGCCAUGAAAAUUUUUUGGAUGAUGUUAUUUUGAAUGAUAGUAUUUUUAAUCAUUCAAAUAUGAUGAGUAAAGAUAAUAAAGAAUUAAAAGAGCUUAAUAUAUCAGAUAGUUUAAAACAUAAUUUUUUUCAUUCAAUGAAUAAACUUGAUGAAGAUAACAUUUUUAAAAUAUCCAAAAGUUAUAUAGAAAAUUCAUUACAAGCUAGUAAAAAGGAUAUAUUAAAUAUGAAUGUUUCAAAAAUUAGAGAAAAAUAUGAACGACAUCAAAACAAAAUGAGCAAUUGGGGCAUGAGUUUGAAUAACCAUGAUAAUAUUAAUAUAAAUAACUGCGAUUCCUUUUCUAAUGAAAAAGCUAAUAUAUUAAAUAUAAAUAAGAAUGAAAUCAGUGAUAACAAUAAUACAAAUUUUUAUGAGGAAAAAAAAAUAUUUAUUAGUGAGUCUAUUGAUAAACGUGGAUUAAUCGAACAAAGUCAAAUAAAUAAUAUUACUAAACACUUAUAUGAUAUAAAAAAAGAAGAAAAUGAAAAUUAUAAUAAUAUAAAUGAUCUUCGAUCAAAUAAAUCUAUAGUUUCGUCUAAAUUUUCCUACAAAUUAGAUACAGAUAUAUUGCUAAAAGACUCGAUAAAUUUUGAAAAAAAUGAUCAUAUAAAUUCUUUACGAAAAUCAAAUACUGACAUAAUUGGUUAUAUAAAUAAAUUUGUAGGAUCUAAGUAUGUAGAAGAAAGAAAUGAAACUACACAAAAUAAUACCCGAAUCGGUGAAGACACAAAAAUUGAGGAUAAAAGCAUACCUAUUCUGAACGAUUCGAGGAAUGAAUAUAAUAUAAAGAAUUAUUCCAUUUUUUAUGGAAAUAAAGAGAAUAAUAAUAAAAAUCAUGAAAACAAGUUAAGUAAAAAGGAGUCAGAGUUGUUUAACUGUGUAGCAAGCGAUAUAUAUAAUGAAAGAAAAAUAUACGAAAACGAGUUAUAUCUAAAUAAAGAUGAACUAAUUUUAAAUGAAAGAAUUUUUAGGGAUAAAAAAUUAGAAUUCAGAAAAUCUUUUGAAGAUGAAAAUAUUCCUUUUAAAAAUAGUAACCAUUCUAAUGAUAUACAUAAUGAUGAAGAGGCAAAAUGGACUAAUUAUUCUGAAUUAGAUUCAGAAGAAUAUUUUAAAAAAAACAAGACAGAUGCAAGUACAAAUAGUAUGAGUGAUCCAAUAGUAAAUAACAUGAAAUUGGAAGACGACAUUGAUAUAGGUGUUGUUGGUGAUAAUAUCACUAUACUUGGAAAAAAUAAUUCUUUUAAAGGAGUUAAUUUUUCAAAUAAGGAUUACAAUGCCAACUAUGGGGAGAUAAAAAAUGGGAAAAACGAUAAUGAUAAAAAUAUAGAUAGGGGUAUUAAAUUAAAGAACGAAUUGAAUAUAAUGACAAGACAUGCAUCCAAAAAAGAAAAUGAAAAAAGAGAAAUGAAUGAAACGAGUGAAGUUGAUAUUAUUGAUCAACGUGAUUUUAUGAACACAAAUUCAAAGAGUAUGUAUGAGCGUGAAUCAAAUAUUAGUUGCGAUAUGAAUGAUGGCAAUUUUGCAAAAAUUAAUUCAAAAAUUUGUGAAAAUGAUAAAGCAGAGAAUACUGCUUAUGAAGAACCAAAAAAAUUAUUAAAUAAUUAUGAUGAUAUAGUAAAAAAUGGAAAACAUGUGAAUGAAAAUAUAUUUAAUAUUUUUAAAAAUAAUACAAAAUUAGAAUAUAACAAUUAUAAUAGUGAUACAGGAUUUAGUGAUACGGGGACAAAUAAAUCGUACAUUUCAACAACAAUGAAAUUUCCAAAUGUUAUAUCAGAAAAAGAUGACAAGAAAACAAACAAAAGAAAGCGUAGCUUCGAUAAUACUACUACUUUAGAUGAAAAAGACAAUAUGAAUAUUAUAAAAAAUAGCUUUGCUCAAGUAGAGCAUGGAAUCAAUAAUUUCACUGAAUAUCAAAUAAUGGAGAUAUGCAAUGACUCACAAAAUGGCGAAAAUAGUGGUCAUAAUGGAAAAAGCGGAAAUAAUAGCAGCAGAAAUAGUAUAUGUAAUGCAUCUUAUAAAUCUAACGAUAUUAAACAUAGUAACAUAACAAACAUGUCAGAUGUCCUAAACUUGAAUGACAAUAAAAACACCAAAAUUAUUUUUUUUGAUAAUAUUAAUAAUUCAUCAGAAUAUUAUGAUAUCCCAAAACCAAUACAUAGUUCAAUAUUUGAAAAUGAAUCAAAUAGUUAUAAAGAAGAUACAAUAAAUAAUAAAUAUUAUAACCAAGCUUAUCAAAAUAAUCAUAUUGAAACGAUACCUUUAAAUGAUGUUAAAGGUUUUAUUAUUAAUUCUAGUUUUAAUGAUAAUUAUAUUUUUCCAAAUAAAUCCUUGAAAAAUCACACAGGGACUUUAGCAGAUCCCCAAAACAUCAACAAUACUAUCGAUGUUGCAAAUAAUGAUUUGCCUACAAAUAUGAACACCCAAAAUGAGAGCCUCAAUAAUGAAGCAAUCGAAAAUGGUAAUAGAAAAAUGAUCAAAAAUAGGAUUCUCAAAUUGGUUACCGAAAAUAAUAAGUUCAAUAUAGAGAAAGAAAUAAAUAAUAUCAACGGUGAUAAUAGCAUUCAUAAUAAUGUAAAUCGAAAUGAUCAAGCAUAUGAAUCCAAAAAAUUUAAUACUGCUAAUAGUAUAAAUGAACAAAAAUUACAGCACCAAAAUGUUCUUAUUAGUAAAGAAGAAAAUCCUAUACCUGAUAAACAGAUAAUUGAAGAGGGUGUGAAUAUUAGAAGCUUAACAGGUGUAAGGGAUCAAAAAGAAUGCAGACAAAAAAUAAAUGCAGAAAAGGAUCCAACAAUUUAUUUACCUAAUUAUGAACACGAAAUUAGCAAUAAAUGCAUGAACAAAGGGGUUUCAAAAACUCCUGAAAAAUCAAAUGAAAUACAAAAAGAAAAAGAAAAUAUUGAACUAUAUAAUAAUAACUUUAAAUCUUUUAACAAAGACAAUAAAAUAAUCCCAUAUACUCAUAUAUCUAAUGAAAAAAUAAAAAUAAAAAAUAAUAGUGCAAAUUUGGUAUCGGAAAAUUUAAAGGAGUAUCCUUAUGAUAACCAAAAUAUUAUUUUUGGCCAAGAAAUAUAUAAUAAUAAUGUUGUAAAAAAUGGCGAACAAAUUGAGCAAACUAAUAGUUUUAUAUCAAUGAAAGAAAAUAAUUACAAAGAUGAAUUUCAUACAAAUAUAAAAUCUCUGGAUAAUAUAUAUGUUUAUGCUAAUUUAAAUAAUUCUAAAUAUAAUAGUGAAAUAUGUAAUACUUCAGGAGACAUGAAAUACGAAAAUUAUAAUGGAAUAUAUCCGAAAAAUUAUAAUAAAAAGGAUAGCAUUUAUAAAAAUCGAAAUAAAUUUGAUGACAAAAUAUUAAACAAAGUGAAUCGAACAACUGAUAUAUCAGAACAUAUAUAUAUAGAUGACACAACCAUUCCUGCUUUGGAAUUGAACAAUGGAAAAAUUCUCAAAAGAAGCAAUACAUGUAAUGAAGAUUCAAAAUCAUUUAAUAAUGAUCAUAUAAACAAUGAAAUUAAUAAUAUUGUAAGACACCAAAAUUCUCGAACAAAUAAUGAAUAUUUGGAUAGGCAUGAAUACCAAUAUGAAAUGAAAUAUAAAAAUUUAAAUAUGGCUUAUAAUCCUCAUAUUCAUAACAAUAUGAGUGAUAUUAUAAUUCAAGAUAUUCAAAAUGAUGAAAAGAAAAAAAAUACAGAUCUAGAAGCACAUUGCAAUUAUAGACAAAAUUGUGAAUGCAAACAUAAUUAUUAUAAUGGUAAAUUGAGAAAUAAUGAAUACAAUAAAAAAGAAAAAAAAGACAUGUCUACAAUGACAAAUGCCAUUUAUUAUAAUAUGAAACAAUAUAAUAAUGAAAAUAUAGAAAAACAAAAGGCACAAAAUAUGGAAAAUAAUAAAAGGGAUUAUAAUGUAUCGAAUGUGAAUGAUGGAAAUUUUUUAGCAUAUCAAAACGCAAAUCAAAAUUAUGCAAAGUCUAAAUGCGUCUAUAACGAAAUACCAUAUUAUGUAAUAAAGAAUGUUGGGAAGGAUGGUUCAGAGAAUUAUAUUAACAAUAAUGGCAUUUAUACUGGUAUACGAGAUAUUAACAAUUUAUUAGAUACUAAUCCUAUAAAUCAAAAUGAUAAUGAUCGAUAUAUAUCAUAUGAACGUGUUCAAAAUCAAAGGAUAGAACCUAAUAAUUUAGAUGGUAUCGAUAAUAAUCUUUCUUAUGAUAAAAAUGGAAAUGUAAACAAUUUAAUAAAAGGAUGCAAAAAUAUUAAUCAUAAUGAAAGACAACAUAGUCUUUGCCUUGUUAAUUAUGAUUUAGAAAAAAAUAUUAAUGAGGAUGAAAUAAGUAGGAAAGGCACAAUUUGUAACGAAGUGACAAACCAUUUUAUGAAAAUAAAUAUGCAAAAUGGUGAAUAUAUUGAAAAAAUGGAAUACGACCAUCAUACAAAUUGUAUAAAUAAUGUAAAUAGCAAAAUUGGAAAUUCCGAAAAUACUUGCUGUAAAAAAAAUCAACAUUGUAAUAAUAAUAUAAAUAACAAUUAUAAUACACAUAAUAAAAUUCUAAGCGGUUAUUAUUAUAAUGAAUCAAAUGCAGUUGAAUGUAAAAAAUUACCUUCGAAAAUUCUGAAUAAUCUCAAUCAAAAUUAUGAUCAAGGAAAUCCGAACAAAAUAGGCACAAAUUGUUUUAAUUACAAUCAUGACAAUAAUAAUGCAUGUCAAUGUGUAUCUUCCAAUUUCAUGCUUGAAGAAAAUAAAGUAUGCAACGGGCAUUUUGACAAUAAUUUUUGUUCGUCUUGUGAUAAUAGAAAUGAUUACGGGAUAGAAAACAAUCUAUAUUAUGAUGGAGAAUAUAUAUCUCAAGAAAAUGGAAAAAUAAUAAAAACACAAAGAAAUCCAUGUAAUCAUAAGGACCAACAUUUUAAUAAUUCAGUAUAUAAUCAAAAUUCCCAUAAUGUUGAUAAUACUUUGAACUGCCGAUGUUUUAGAGAACAAGCUCAGUAUUCUGAAAAUGAAAACAAUGAAAAUUUUAUGAAAAAUGGCAAAAUGAAAUAUAAUAAUUUUAACAAUGAUAAAUGUGAUAUUAAAAAUAUCCAUGAUAAUAACAAAAUAAAUAAUGAACAGAAAUUUUAUGAACAAAAUAAUUCCUUUCAACAAAAAUGUUCUACUUGUGCCUGUCAUACUCGAGAACAUUAUAAUGUCGAAAUGGAAGUACCUGAAUGUAAUAAUGGGAAUAGACAAAAUAUUUCUGAUAAUAAUAAUAAAGUUGAAAAUAACCAAUAUGCACCUAAUGGAAAAAUAUAUAAGAAUAACCCGCCUUGUAACAAUUCCGAUCAAAUGAAUAACAAAAAAACGUACAAAACCAAUGCAAACCCUCCCCUUUUGAAAAAGACAAAUACAAAUUAUGAAUGUCAUAAUUUAAAAUGUGAAUCAUGGGACAACAAUGAAAAUUCAAAUUCAAAUAUUCAACUCGAUGGAAAUAAAAUUCAUAAUAAUGAAGCAUAUGGUUAUGAGAAAAUUCUUGAGAUAACUGAUCAAAUAACGACAAAAGACAAAAUAAACAUAAGGGGAAAAGAAACGAAUAUUUAUCAUACUGAUAAUAAUACAAAUAAAAAUAAUAAUGAUAAAAUAAAUGAAAAUGAUGCCGAUAAUAGUGACACCAAUAAAUUACACACCUUAUUUCGCGAAAAACUUGGUGGUUUAGAAACUGGCCAAAAUGGGCACGUACUAAGUCAACUUAUGAAUGUAAUGAUAAAUAUACAAAACGAUUUGAAGGAUGUAAAAUCGAAAUUAUUGAUAAAAAAAAAAAACGAAAUAGAAAAUAAUGUGAAAAAUGAAAAUAUCGUCAACAAUGAUCAAAAUAGAGAACAACAAAAUGAUCAAACGAAUACCAAAACAUAUGACACGCUAAAAGGUAAAGAAAGGGGCAAAAUGACUGAGGAAUCAAAUAAUGAUGAUAUUUUUACAUUAAAAAAAGUAGAAAUAGCUAUUAAUGAAUUGCAUCGUAGUAUCUCUUCUAAAAAUACAAAUAGUCAGAAUACAGAAUGCAAAAUAAAAGGAGAAAGGGAAGUCAAAAUGCAUUCUCAAUUUAUUGAUUUUGAGAAAAAUAAUAAUGUGGUUACAUUCUCAAGUAAUAAACCUAUAAGAUACAGUAGUAGAACAAAUAAUAUAAAUAGAGAUCAUGAUGCCAGUGUAAAAAAAGGUGAUGAUAUAGAUGAAAAAAAAAAAGAUGGAAAGGAAAAUAAAAUAAAUGAAACAAUUGUUAAAAAACAAUUUAGUAGCAAUAUAAAUGUUGUAUUAAAAAAUCUAAAUUAUGAAUAUAUCGAAGAUUCUACAGUUAGUAAAUCUAAUAGAUUAUAUUUAUUUAAUAAAUUUUUUACAUCGCUAUUUUAUGAAGAAAAUACAAAAAUGCACAAUUGUAUUAUGUUUAAUAUUUAUAAUAUUGAACAAAAAAGGCAGACACAUAAAGUUACAUUAUUUUCUGAAAAAGAUUAUUAUGAUAUUUUUAAUUUGGCAUACAAUAAUUUAUUGUUCUACGCUUUUGAUUGCUAUAAAUUUUUUAGAUAUAUAAAAUAUAAAUUUAGAGAUACAUAUAAAAUAUAUGAAAAUUCUACUAUAUGUUUGUAUAUAAACAAUUGCUAUGAAACCAAUUUAAUUAAAAGAAUCUUUAUCGAGCAAAAUUAUAUUGCAGAUAAUAUUCACAGAAGCAAUACCCAAGAUAACACUGAAAAAACAAAAAACAAAGAUAGUAAAAAGUGUGAAAUUAAAAUUGAUUCGAUACAAAAAAAACCAGUAUCCUACACACUAAACGAAAAACGGAUAUUAAAAACAUCAACAAAAUACUUUUUAGAUAAUUUUUUAUCCCAUAUAAACAAACAAAUUAAUAUAAAAAAUAUUAUACCAAUAAUGAAGAAGGAAAAUUAUGAAUUUGAUCAAACAAAUUUGUAUUUUUUUAUUUCAAAUUUUAAUUUAAUGGAUAAAGUUUUUAGUGAUUCUCAUGGGUUUGAUUGUAAUAAAAAAUUUUUUGAAAAAAAUGCAUCUAAUACGAAAAAUUAUGGUAUUUUUUUUAAGUUUGUUCACGAGGCAACCAAAUUUUUUGAUACAUUUAUUGACGAUCGUUGCAAUUCCAAUAAAAGACACAACAAAAGAGAAGAAAAUUCCUAUACGAAUGAUCGGUUAACUAGCCACACAAAUAAUUCCGAUGAAAAUUAUAAUAAAAAUAAUGGGCGCAAUCAAUUGAGUAAUAGAGGCUGUUAUAGGCUAAUAAUAGUGUCCUUACAUAAAGGAAAAACUUUCAAAUAUGAAAAUUUUCCAUUUCACAAUUUUAUGAAAUAUAAGAAUAAUGAAAUAUACAAUUAUUAUAAUAAUUAUGAUUCAAUAUAUUUUAACAAUGGAACAGUUAUACUUUUUGACUUAUCCUAUGCCGUUCCCUUUUAUUACAUAGAGUAUUACAAAAAUUAA